AUGGUGGGAGUCGAUGACUACGUGGCCGACAGCGACGAAGAGAAGAAACUGGUCCGCAAGAUAGACCUGUACUUGCUUCCUCUCGUCUUUAUCAUGUAUCUACUUUCUUACAUGGACAGAACAAACAUCGGCAACGCCAAAAUCGCCGGUAUGGACCGCGACCUCAACCUCGACUCCUCCCGGUACUCCAUCGCCCUCGUCGUCUUCUUCGUAGGCUACGUCCUCUUUGAAGUCCCCUCCAACAUGAUCCUAACCCGCACCCGCCCCUCUCUCUACCUCCCCGGCAUCAUGACCCUCUGGGGCUCCGUCACAAUCGGCAUGGCCUUUACGCCAACCUACAAAGCCCUCAUCGGCUUCCGUGUCGUCAUGGGCGUUCUCGAAUCCGGCUUCGCCCCCGGUGUGCUCUUACUGCUGUCGUCGUGGUAUAAAAAGGAGGAGCAGAGUAAGAGGUUUGCCGUGUAUAUCUCCGCUGCCAUUUUGUCUGGUGCCUUUGGCGGAUUGUUGGCUGGUUCGAUUACGAGUGGACUUGACGGGGCGCAUGGGAUUGCUGGAUGGCGGUGGUUAUUUGUCGUUGAGGGGGCUGCGACGGUGGGUGCUGCACUGGUUGCGUUUUUUGCGCUGCCCGAUUUUCCGGAAAAUACUUCGUUGAAGAAGUUCAAUGAGAAGGAGAGGGAGCUCGCGAUUCGAAGACUCAAGACCGCAGCGGAAUAUUUGAGGACGGAAGAGGAGCCUCACUUGGGACAUUGGGCGGCUUUCAAGCUCAGCAUGAUGAGCUGGCGGACUUGGCUCUUUGUCGUUGGUUACAUGGCCAUCGUCGGAUCCUCAACACUAUCCUACUUCUACCCAACCCUAGUCUCCGGCCUGGGCUACCAAUCCACAGCCGCCCAAUAUAUGACGAUCCCCAUCUUCGGCAUCGCCUUCGUCUCCACCGCCGUAACGGGCUACUUCGCCGACCGGCACUCCCGCUUCCGCGGCCUCAUUCUCGGCGCCUGGAUGACCGUCGCCAUGCUCUGCGCCGUCAUCACCUGCGUCGUCUACGACUUCAAGGCGCGGUACGCGCUGCUGGUCAUCAUGGCGUCCGGGCUCUGGGCCUCGAAUGGAUUGGCGCUCUCGUAUGCGUCGGUGAGCUUCGGGUCCAUGCCCAACGAAACGAGGGCCAUUUCGCUGGCGUUUGUGAAUGCCAUGGGGAACUUGGCACAAAUUUACGGGGCGUACCUGUUCCCUUCCAAGGAUGCGCCAAAGUAUCUGAUGGGUUUUGGGGUUAUUAGUGGAUUGUGUUUUACGGGUGUGGUGUCUUAUGUUGCGCUUCACGUCUUUUUGAGAAGAGAGAUCAGGUCGGCAUAG